AUGAAGCGACGGAAGCGGCAGGAGGAAAACAGAGAAAACCACCGGCGAGAGAGCGAGAGCGAGAGUCUCGACGACGACGUCGAGGAGGCAGAGACAGUGCGCAUGCGUGUCAGUGAAUCGGCCUGGUCGCAGGACCGCGACCGACUCCUCGUUAGACAGGUGGAGCUUCUGAGACGCCUGGCGGGGGGCGAAGCAAAGCUCAGAUUUCCGCGGACCGGUGCCAUCGAGGAAGCCGAGCUCGGGGAGGAACGCGAGAAGCGGCGCAAGAAGAAGAAGAAGCGACUCGAGGGAUACAAAGAGAAGGGCCGAGAGGACGCCUCCUACCGCCUGUCGCCUGAGGUGGAGGCGCUGAUGCAGAGCACCGAGGCGUCGCUCCGCGACGAGGUUGCUGACAUCAAGGAGAAGGCAGAAGCGGAGACUGAGAGAAAAGCCGAGAAAGAGAGACUUAUGUGGGAAGUGAAGAAGGCGCGGGAGCAGGCCUCUCGCGAAAUGCGCAAGCAAAUGGAAGAAAUGAGGAAGCAGAUGGAGAAGGAGAAACGCGAGCUGAGCGAGAGCGACGCUUCCAAGAAGAAGAAGAAGAACGAGAGCAACGACGGCAACAGCGAAUUCGAGAAGAAGACGAGGAGCUAA